CGACUCAAUGACUGUACAGACAGAAAGUCUAUUUUUAAGUAGUAAGAAUGUACUAUUGAUCAGACAAAACAUCGUCCAUAUGAUGAAUCAGCUUUCAAGUUGAUGGUCAUUUUUGCAUCAAGUAUUUGAGUGAAAAAUAUAAUGGAAAGUGUAGAGUGAUAUACCUCAUUUUUCAUUAAAAAGAAAUACAUAGCAAUGUUGGAUAAGACAGUAUUCGUUACGGUUGGAACGACAAAAUUCGAUGAUCUUAUAACUACAGUAUUAAAUCGUGCAGUUCUAGAGGCUCUGUCAGCAUGUGAUUACAGACGUCUGAUUUUGCAAAUUGGCAACAGCAGCAUAAAACCGGAUUGCACCGCACGCUGUGGUUUUCAUAGCAUAGAAAGCUUUAAAUUAAGUCCAUCCAUUGGAAAAUAUAUGCAAUCAGCUGAUCUUGUGAUAAGCCAUGCUGGUGCAGGCAGUGUACUGGAAGCCUUGGAAAAUCACAAACACUUGAUUGUAGUUAUUAAUGACCUCCUUAUGGACAAUCAUCAAAUAGAGUUGGCAGAACAGUUGUACAAGGAUGAAUAUUUAUAUUAUUGCACCUGUCAAGAUCUAUUGUGUACUCUACAAACAAUGGACUUAACAAAGUUGAAGCCAUUUAUUAAUGAUAAAAGUGCAAAUAUUGCUGGUUUCAUCAACAAGAUAAUGGGAUUUAGGUGAUGUUAUUGGAGUAGCCUUAUCUUCCAACGUAAAUUAAUUAUAGUAAUUUUAUAAAUCUGGUUGUGUGGGAACAAGCAGCAAUAUUUAUAUAUUUCAAUUUUUAACAUGUUUUACAAUCAGGAUAUAUAUAUAUUCCAUAGAAUUUCAUGUUAAUUAUAAUAUAUAUGCUUGAUUUACAAUAAUAGUA